UAAAUGCGCCUCAAUAAAGAAGAGAAGAGGAGCGCCGUAAAGACAAAACAAAGCCACACAUUUCAACGAACAGGCGCUGGUCGCUUUUUUAUUUUUAUUUUUUGUAAUCAAACAAAUUUCAUUCAUUAUUCAUAACGAUUACCGGCAAUAUCAGUAAAAGGCUUGCAUCAUGCCGAGUAGUACGUCUUUGCUGGAGGCCGAUGAGGGAGAGUCCGAGGUCCCACCGCCGCUCCUGCACGCUUUCGCCGGUAUGGGCCUUGACGAGCAGCACGGCGCUCAUAGCCAGACGCCCGAACUAGCUGACGAGAGCCUCCCCUUUCACCACCUCCCGCUCUCCUCGGUCUCCCAUUUCAGCCUCCUCGGUACGGUCCUCGACUUGAAGCCCUUGCCACUGCCUCGUCCGCCCUCGGGAGACGAAAUUAACAAAACGGCAGCGGCUGAGGACGAGGAGGAGCCAUUAGUUGCAACCGAUUCCUCGUUGCUAACGCAGGCCCACCACCGCAACCAACACCUCCUUUCUGGGCCGGCUAGCUCCGGGAUGGAGCACAUCGAGACUGUGUUGCUGUACAACGGAGACGAGCGGGACGAUCCUGCGGUCGGCGGCGCUCUCCCGCCGGCUAACAGCAUGACGAUGCUACCGUCCGGCGGGUUCGGGGAGCCGGAUUACGGAGAGGCCGAGACAUCACUGUUGAACCGGCGUAAGAGCGUAAACACAACCGAGUGUGUGGCCGUACCGAGCUCGGAGCACGUCGCGGAGAUCGUUGGCAGGCAGGGCUGUAAGAUCAAGGCACUUCGAGCCAAGACCAACACCUACAUUAAGACACCAGUGAGGGGGGAACAGCCAGUCUUUGUUGUGACGGGGCGUAAAGAAGAUGUGGCCAUGGCUAAAAGGGAGAUCAUGUCUGCGGCUGAGCACUUUUCCCUUAUCAGAGCCUCUCGGAACAGGACCGGCCCUCUUACUGCAGGAGCCAGCCUCGGGACUCCGGCUUUACCUGGACGGACUACCAUUCAGGUGCGGGUACCAUAUCGUGUUGUUGGGUUGGUUGUGGGUCCUAAAGGAGCAACCAUAAAACGCAUUCAGCAGCAGACCCACACCUACAUUGUGACGCCGAGCCGGGACAAAGAGCCAGUGUUCGAGGUUACGGGCAUGCCGGAAAACGUGGACCGGGCGAGGGAGGAGAUAGAGGCCCAUAUCGCCCUCCGCACCGGAACCUGCGGGGGCAUCGAGGCUCCAGGUGUAGACAACAAUGACUUUCAGUUCAACGGGACAGAUGUCAGCUUCGAGACAUCGGCUGUUUUGGGAGAGGCCGGAUGGCUUCAGGCAGUUGCAUCAUCACCAGGCGGCGGUGGCUUGCUGCCACUAAACAUCAGCGGUACUCAGCGAGUCAAUAGCAAUAUCAACAAUGGCCCCAGGAUGUCUUCCAACUACCGCAACGACAGCUCCAGCUCCCUGGGCAGCGGCACCAGCUCAGCCGAUUCUUUUUAUAGCAGCGGGAACGUCAACCGACUGGCAGACGUCAGCCCGACCGGCCCAUUUAAUGCCAACGCUAACAACAACAGCAAUGGCGGCAGUGCAAGUUUCUGGUUUGGCGAGGGCCUUCUUCCCGUGGGGUCUGAGGAGCUGGUUGGGCUGGGAGGUGGAGGCUCCUCCUCAGGAUUUGACCCAUUAACCAUUUCCACUGCCCAUUCGUCACACCCUACUGCACAGCCACACAUCUGGAGCCCCUUUGUGGACCACCAGCCCCUCCAGGCCUUUGAUGCUCUUCAGUCUCAGACAAGCCAGCCUGGGACACCCCGGCUCUCGCCAACCUUCUCUGGGACCGAUGCCCUGGAGCAUCCUCAGGCCCAGCGUGUUCACCGGGGACCGUUUGACUCGGCCGGGGCUCUCGACGCCCACAGGUUCCCCUCUUACAGCUCAGCCUUCUCCUCCUCAAGUGAAAGCACCGCCUCCUCUUCCUCCCCUCCCGAAUCCUCGCUCGCCUAUCGACUGGGGCUCGGAUCAACAGGGAGGGGACAGGAUUUGUGCGUCCAGUGUAUGAAUAACCAGGCGAUCGCCGCCUUGGUUCCUUGCGGCCAUAACCUCUUCUGUCUAAAUUGUGCCACCCAGAUAUGCCAGGGUCCAGAUGCUGUGUGCCCUGAGUGUCUGUCCCCAGCCACCCAGGCCAUUCAGCUUCGCAAUAUGUGAUUUUCUUCUUCUUCUCUUUUUUCCCCCUUAAUUUCCUUUAUAACUGAUUAGAGAUCAGCCUGCCCAACACUUAUGGUUCAUGACGUGUGUGUGUGUGUGUAGGGGAGGGAAAUACAAAACUGACCCCAGGUCAGUGUCUAAGUGUAAUUCUUAUCUGGCUUCCUUUAAGCUGGUGAAGCAGAGUAGGUGAAUAAGGAAUGAUGUUGAUUUAGGGCCGAGGUUAGGGUGCUGAGCCCGUUCACGUGCCUGGUAUUGUGAAGUCUUCUUCCUUGAUUGAUCAACGAGAGGGUUCGAAACCCUCUAUGUAGCAUUGGGGGGAGGGUGGGGUUGGGAUAGAUAUAUUUUUUGAUUCAUAUUUUCUUUUUUGUCCUUAAAAUCUUUAGUUAUUGUUAUUUUUUUGUACCUACCUAUAAUUUUAUUUGUUUUAAAUUGAGUUUGAAUUCUAUUGGCCUUUUUUGUCUACAUCUCAAACGUUUUUUCUUCUUCUUUAAAAUACAUUGAAUUAUGGCCAAGACCCUUUGCCUUUAUUUUAAGUAAAAAAAAACAAAAAAAAAACAGUAGAGGCAAAUGAGUUUCCAUGAGUUCCACAUGUGACUGUAUAACUACACUAUUAAGGAAAAAUAGUGUUCUUCUUGUUACUUAAAAACAAACAAACAAAAAACCAAGUUAAUGCAGUAAAUCUGAUACAGCGUAGGUCGUCUUUUCAGAAUUCAUGUUUCCCAGAUGAUUGGUGCAAAUAUCAUCAGGCUACCGGCGCACACCUGCGCGUCUUUAAAAAGGAUGUUUACAUUCAGUAGGACUUGAAUGAGAGGUUUUGAGUACUGCUAAUAUAAUAACAGUGUAACACACACGGACACACACCCGCGGCGUGUUUUGACUUUAUUAACUACAAUUUGAAAGUUGUCGCACUCCAACGGCAAUCUCUCGUUGCCUCAUUUCUUUAUUCUUUUCCCAGAAUAACACCGACAAGUGAGUAACUUUUUUUAUUACUUUUGGGGUCGAGAUACCGCUUCAGUAUCGCCACGUUGCUUUCCACUUAUACUUACAAACUGUUUACGGUAAACUUGUGCCUAAUUCCACUCUGAGUGUAAACAGAAGUAAACCGGUUCAGCGGACACAUGGCGUUGCGCUAUCUUUAAACAAACUUGUGGCCUUUUUUUGGGAAGCCAGUAAUUAAUUCACAACACUAUCUUCAGAUCCAGAUUUUCGGGCUCAAAAGAACACAAGCUGACAGACCGAAGUCUUAAUAUAUUUGUCGAGGUUCAGUCUCCCAAGACGCUCCUCGCUGGAACAAAUCUUGUCUCACGAGGACGCUUUCUUUCGCUUCCUAUUUUCCCAAGCUGAUAUCGAGUGUUGCGUUCAUAUUUUUUGGCACCAAACUUUCUUAUUUUGUCCAUUUCUGUUGUCACAUUUCCCCACCCCCACCUGAGUUUAUUUACUUCUAAUUUAUAUGUGCGUUACGACCUCGUAUGGAAACAAAGUACUGUUUUUCAGCCAAAAACAGAUAUGCACAGCUUGUACCUUUGGAAACAUUCCUCCUCCCUGUUGUUAAAGUAUUUACUCUUACUUAAAUCACACCUGGGAGCAAAAAAGAGAUUUUUCUGAAACUAUGAAGACAGCUGUGAUCUGGAACAAAUCCCUGUACUGUACAGGCAGGCUACUGAUUCUUUUCUUUUUUUCUUUUUGUAGACAUCUCAGUAAUAUCCUUCUCUUUCACUUGAAUGUCGACUCGUUUGGACGGCUCCACCCCGUGGCUGUCUCUUCACAGCUUUUCGGUAGGAAGUCAGGAAAAUGAUUCCAAUGGGAUGCAAAACUGAGAUGAAGGCCGCUCGUUGCUUCACUUUUGUAAUCCCACGUCUCUUCUGCCAGGCCUAUGCAAAAUUCAUCUCAGCACGAAGCACUAAGUGAAGCUUCUCGGGUUUCAAACAAACUUUGGGGUUAAACUUGUAGACAGAAAUAAUCCGUCUGUUUAUUUUAGUUUUUUAUUCCUAUUACAUUUCAGUUCUUUAAUGAGAUGUUUUAACGGUACACACUUCACCUUUAACCAGCUCAGUUGCUGUUGUCCUGUGCACUACUAAGCACAGAGCUUCCCCAUUAUCAUAUCACACUAUUGACUGGCCGGGACAGGCAUGUUAUCGACUUUCCUCUCACCUUCUCAUCUCAAAUCGUAGCUUUAAAUAUCUGUGUCUUUAGACUAGUACAGGACAGAAUGAGCUCACGGACACUUUUAAAAGGGGGAAGCACUGGAACGAGUUCAGCUCGGACUGCGCUCGCACUACAUUAGGUCAGUGCUGUCUCUCUGGUGUGUGGACACUGGAUUGCAGUCCCUCUAGCAUUCCAGCUGUAAACAGUAUUUUGGGAGUUUUUACACAGCUUUGCUCCGUUUCUUUUUAAUAUCCAUCAUCUUGGCUUUCAUAACAAAAUGCAACCAAACAAGUCCCGCUUCUGCCCCCCUCUUUGGGUCAUCCAUCCGUCCCGUUGUUUUCUCAGCUCUACGAUGAGCCGGUCUCCUUUUAGUCUUUCUCUCUCUGAGGGAAUGCAAUACACUGUCGGCCCUCAGUUUAUCGAUAUGAAUCUAUUUACAUUUUUGUGUAUGUAUUAUAUAAUGUUACUGUUAAUGACUGAUAAAUAUACAGAACUUAUUUUUAUUUUGUUACAUUUCAUAUAUACAUAAAUAUAUA